UACGUCUGUAUUUUGUAUUCUUUUAAAAAAGAGGCAGCACUAUAUUCGCAUUACACAUUGCACAAUAUAGAUUCGAUCUAAGCGAACAUUAACAUAUCAAAUGCUUAGCAUGUUGUGGUAUCGUACCAUGUAACAUGAGACUAUACUCAAAGCUCUCCUCAUUGGUGCACACAUCUCAGCCUUUGAACCCCAAAAUCCACCUAUGUUCCUCAACCUUCUUAUCAUCAUCAUCAACAACUGCCACACUGAACCCAGUACCCCAUAUUGUCACAAAAUGCAUUGCUCUAUUGCAGUUUUGGGCAUCUUCCAUAUCCAAACUAAGACAAAUCCAUGCAUAUUCACUUAGGCAUGGUGUCCCACUCAACAACCCUGACAUGGGCAAGCAUCUCAUUUUUACAAUUGUAUCCCUCUCUGCACCCAUGUCUUAUGCCUACCAUGUGUUUGCUGUAUUGCAUGACCCAAAUGUGUUCACUUGGAACACCAUGAUAAGAGGUUAUGCUGAAAGUGAUGACCCAAGUCCUGCACUUCAUUUCUACCGUAAAAUGUCGGUGUCUUGUGUUGAGCCUGACACUCACACUUACCCUUUUCUUCUCAAGGCUGUUGCCAAGUCUUUGAAUGUUAGAGAAGGGGAAGCUAUACAUUCAGUUACAGUGAGAAAAGGGUUUGGCUCUUUGAUGUUUGUUCAGAACGGUUUGCUUCACAUGUAUGCUGUUUGCGGCGAUACAGAAAGCGCACACAAGCUGUUUGAGUCAAUGGUGGAAAGAGAUCUUGUGGCUUGGAAUUCUGUGAUUAAUGGGUUUGCUCUUAAUGGCAGGCCUAGUGAGGCCUUGACGCUAUUCAGGGAGAUGAAAAUGGAGGGACUGGAGCCGGAUGGGUUCACUAUGGUUAGCCUUUUAUCUGCUUGUGCUGAACUUGGAGCUCUAGAAUUAGGACGUAGGGUUCAUGUGUUCUUGUUGAAGGUAGGAUUGACAGAGAACAUGCAUGUGAACAAUUCACUGCUGGACUUUUAUGCCAAGUGUGGGAGCAUCAGGGAGGCGAAACAAGUUUUUGGCGAGAUGAGAGAAAGGAAUGUGGUUUCUUUUACUUCUUUGAUUGUUGGCUUGGCAGUGAAUGGCUUUGGGGAGGAAGCACUUGAGUUUUUCAAAGAGAUGGAAGAACAAAGAGUUAAGCCUAGUGAGAUUACUUUUGUUGGUGUCUUGUAUGCUUGCAGCCACUGUGGAAUGUUGAAUGAAGGGUUUAAUUACUUUAGAAGGAUGAAAGAUGAAUAUGAAAUCAUGCCACGGAUAGAACACUAUGGCUGCAUGGUGGACCUGCUGAGUAGGGCAGGUUUAGUGAAACAAGCAUAUGAAUAUAUUCAGAACAUGCCAAUCCAGCCAAAUUCUGUUAUUUGGAGGACCUUAUUGGGAGCAUGCACAAUCCAUGGUCAUUUAGGCCUAGGGGAGAUAGCUAGAUCACACCUUUUGAAGUUAGAGCCUAAACAUAGCGGGGACUAUGUGCUUCUCUCGAAUAUUUAUGCGGCCGAACACCGUUGGUCAGAUGUACAGACAGUAAGAAGAUCAAUGCUAGAGGAUGGUGUUAGGAAAACACCUGGCUAUAGCAUGGUGGAGUUGGGAAAUCGGGUUUAUGAGUUUACUAUGGGCGAUAGGUCUCAUCCUCAGAGUAAGGAUGUAUAUGCACUGUUAGAGAAAAUCACAGAGUUGCUGAAGUUAGAAGGUUAUGUUCCUCACACUGCAAAUGUACUUGCAGACAUAGAGGAAGAGGAGAAGGAGCAAGCUUUGUCUUAUCACAGUGAAAAGGUGGCAAUCGCUUUUAUGAUCCUAAAUACACCACCAGGGACCCCAAUUAGGGUCAUGAAGAACUUGAGGGUUUGUGCAGAUUGUCAUAUGGCUAUAAAACUCAUAUCAAAGGUUUAUGAUAGAGAGAUUGUUAUCAGGGAUCGUAGUAGGUUCCACCAUUUUAGAGGUGGCUCAUGUUCAUGUAAAGAUUACUGGUAAUAUUGGAUGUAAUGAAAGUUAAAUAUUACAAAAGAAUGGAACGCUCUUCUGGUAUGAACUUAUUCCUCACCCAGAAUCCGCACCACUCUAAGUUUUCAGAUGAAGAAACGCAAUGUCAAGCUGAUGCUGAUUGUGGUAGAGAGGAUGCUACUCGAAGUCAUCGAAAUCCUGCUCAGAAAAGGAAAACCCUCAAAAACAGUGUCAGGGAAGAAGAAUCUUCCUGACACUGCAAAACCUUCUCUUCCAGCUAAGAAAAGGGUUCAGGUGCCACAAGAUCCUCUUUCUGAAACUCCAUUCAAAAAUUCAAGCUCCGGAGACUCCCUCUGUGGAACUAGAAAAGAGGGAAAAGAAAAGGAUACUGAUACUGCAAAUGAAAACCCUCUCCAAAGUGAAAGAGAUGUACCCGUUCUUUCACCUUUCUUUUGGUUAAGAGAGGAGGAAGGUGUUGAGAAUUUAAGUCAGCAAACUUUCGGGGAUAAGCUUAUAGAUGGAAAGCCCAACACCAAGCCCUCCUUCAUUCAGUGAUCUCAAGGACUCCGAUGAUGAAAAUCCGACUAAACUGACAUUAUCAUUAAGUAACGGGUUGUUAUAGCAACUGAAUAUGUCGUCAUAAACUAUGAAAUUGUAAACUCUUUUCUUUUUCAUUAACUGUUUGUUUUAUAUGGCUGAUGAAGAUAACUUCCCAGUCUCAUGGUUCUUAAACUAUUCAACUACUUGGUUGGUGAUAAACGUUGUUGAAGUCACUCAGAACAAAAUUUGGAAAUUGAGUUUUCAUGGUUAAAAUCAAAUUACUUUAGAAGAGACUUAUAAUAAAUUGCUGAUUUUAUU